AUGGCACCUCCUGUGGCCGCAACGUGCGCCCUGCAGGAGGAGCAGCAGCAGCAGCAGCAACAGCAGUCACAGCAGCUGCUGCAGGAGGAGCCUCUGCCGCUGUCGAGUGGGGCGUCGCUGCGCCGCAGACAGAGGCUGCCACCAGCCGACGCUUCAGCAGCUGCAGCAGCUCCAGCCUCAUCUGCAUCACUGGGGAGCAGCUGCAGCAGCAACAGCAGCACUCCUGUGGGUCUAAGGAACUGGUCGCAGCAGCUUCGCCAGGAGCAGCAGCAGCAGCAGCAGGAUGGGCAGCUUCUGCUGCCCUACUUAACCGUGGCAGCAGCAGACACGGCGCAGCAGAGCAGGGCCUUCGGGCUGCCUUUGCCUUCGCUCAGCACGAAAGCAGCAGAUGCAGCAGCAGCAGCAGCAGAGAGUGCGCAGCGUGCGCAGAGCGCUGCAGCAGCAGCAUCUCCUGCUGCAGCGGCUGCCGCCGCCUUUUUGUCGCCAGGGCCCCCCCCGCCCCACUACGUGUGCUGCUUGGGAGGGGUGAGCAGCAGCAGCAAGCUGCGGCGUCUGCAGCAGCAGCAGCAGCAGCCGUUCGCGUCUGCUGCGCUGCUGCGCUGCGUCGCGUGGCUCCAAAGAUACCCUUUUCUGGGGCCCUGGGGGGCCCCCUCCCGCGGGCUGGGCGUGGAGGGUUUAGCUGCCUUUUUGGCAGAGUGCAUGCAUGAGACUUUUGGUUCAGGUUUGCUGCCGCAGGGAGCAGCUUCUUUCGGGGGCCCCGCAACGCUGCAGCUGCAGCGGCUCCUGCGGCAGCUGCUGGCUGCUGCUGCUCCCCUGCGGCUGCUGUCGCUGCUGCUGCCGGGACAAAUUGUCAAAGCGGUGCAGCUGGCGCUGCAGAUGCUGCUGCGCAGGCCAACGCAGCAGCAGCAGCAGCAGCAGCAGCAACAGCUGCGCUGCAGCCAAGGCGCACUCACGCUGGCGCUGGGACCUGCAGGCGCGCUGCAGCAGCAGCAGCAGCAGCUGCGGCCCCAGGUGGGGCUGCUGCUGCCGCAGCAGCACCGAAGGCUGCAUGUGGUGCCGCAGCAAUCGACGCUGCUUGUUGCAGAUGCAUGCAGCAGCGAAAGGAGCCGCCAGGUGGACAAAGGGGGAUGUGUUGCUCUCACUGCUGCUCCCGUUGCUGCUGCUGCAGCUUCCGUUGAGACCUGGCAGCAGCAGCAGCAGCCGCAGCAGGAGCAGCUGCUGCUCGGCAGCGUGCCGCACGACCGUUUGGUUGUGCGCUGCGGCGAGGCCGAUUCGCUAGCGGAUCUGCUGCUAGACCCACAGCAGCAGCAGCACAGCAGCAGCAGCAGCAGCAGCAGCACGAGCCGCAGCGUCUGCUGCGCACUGUUCGUCUACGGGGACUCCUACUCAACUGGGGAGGUGAACCCCACACCUCGUUUGCUGCUGUCGUACUCGGACGGCCUGCUGCAGCUGCUGCAGCGGCGCCCGCCGACUGCUGCCGCUGCAGCAGCAGCAGCCUUUUGGGGCAGCAGCAGCAGCAACGGAAGCAGAAGCAGCAGCAAGGGCUGGGACGGUUCUGUUCCUGAGGGCGGCGAGUGGGUCGAAGCUUGGCGUGACUGGUUUGACCCUCCACUGGAGAACCUCUUUUUGCUGCCGCCCCCCAGCAGCAGCAGCAGCAGCAGCAGCAGCAGCAGCUGGGGUGUGUACGGACCACUGGUCUGCGGCAACAGCCCAUCUGGUGUCACUGUCUUUUGCCCGCUGAGUCCGCAGUGUAUAUACACCCCACCGUCUUGCUGCUGCUUCUCCAGCUUCACUCUUUUCGGCUGCUGGGCCCACUUUCUGGGACAUCGCCAGGUUGCUGCUGCUGCUGCUGCUCCCAGCAUCAGCAGCAGCAGCUGCGUGGCCGUGGUAAGCAGGAGAGGCUUGCUGGUGCUGCAGCAGCUGCUGUUCCGUUCUGAGGCCUCCCUGCUGCUGGGGGGGUCCCCCAUUUGUGUUUCUGCUGUUUCCCGGGUGCCUCUUGCAGCAGCAGCAGCAGCAGCACUGCACAGGGGUGGCCAGGUCUCUCUGCAGCGGUGCGAGGGGCUGCGCUGUUUGCUGCUGGGAGUGGAGGGCAGCAGCAGCAUUUUCCUCAUUGGCUUUUCUGCUGCGGAGGACAGCAGCAGCAGCAGCAGCAGCAGCGGCCUCGGCUGCUUAGCAGCAGCAGGAACAGUGCUUGCUGCCGUUUCUCAGCGCUUGCUGCUUCCCCUGCUGCCUGCGGCUUACCCAAGACAGCUGUACCUGCAGCAGCAGCAGCAGCAGCAGCUCGUUGGUUUCUGCAUCGCUUGGCAGCUGCCCCGUUCAGUGCGCGUGACGACGCCGGCAGCGUCAGCAGCAGCGUCAGCAGCAGCAGCAGCAGCAGCAGCAGCAGCUGGCGCGGUGCAGCAGCAGGAAGUCGGCGACCUCCAGUGCAUUGGGGUGAUGGAAGACGCGUCAAGGGGCCUGUGCUUUGUUGCGGUUGCUGCUUCCAUCUGCCCUGAGGUGCUGCUGUUCUGCUGCAGCUUCCCUCCGGUGCCGCAGCAGCAGCUGCUGCCGCCGCUGCCGCAGCAGCAGCAGCAGCAGCUUUUUGGUGGGGUGGAUUUGUGGCGAGGCAGCGCGGCCCUCAAGUACAGACUGAGGCCCCCAAUCCCCGGAUGCCGUGCCACGGGCAUGGCCUUCUUGAACGACAGCAGCAGCAGCAGCAGCAGCAGCAGCAGCAGCAGUGCAAGGCCCCUGCUGCUCGCUGUGCGGUGGGCGCUGCCCUGCCCUGCAACUGGGGGGCCCCUAAGGGGCCCCUCAGAGUGGAUUGCUGUGGCUGUUUGUCUUUAUUCGCCCACAGCUUUAGGGGGGGCCCCAUGCCUGCCUGUGUGGGGUCCUGCAGCGUCUGCAUCAAUCAAGGGCUGCUUCCUGCAGAAUCAGCAGCAGCUGCUGCUGCUGCAGCAGCAGCAGCAACAGCAGCAGCUGCUGCAGCCGCCAGUUUCGGGCGUCUACGGCGGCACGGACGCAACCGCAGCAGCAGCAGCAGCAGCAGCAGCGGCGCGAGACCCGUUCCUGCUGCAGCAAAGCAUUAAGCCUUCGCUGCUCGGCAGCAGCAACAGCAGCAGCUUGCUGCUGCAGAGCGCCUCAGGCUGGGAUCUGUCGAAGAGUUGGAGGGGAACUGGUGCUCCGCGGGGGCCCUUAGAGGCGCCUCUCUCUGGUGUUGGCGGCUUCAGCAGCAUUGCAGCAAAAGAUUCGCUUUCUCCGCUGCAGCAGCAGCAGCAGCAGCUGCUUAGGCAGCAGCAGCAGCAGCUGCUUCAGCUGCCGUACGGCACUGCAAGCAGCCUGGGUUACUUGGGGUUGAGCAGCAGCGGCGCUUCUCUAGCGGACAAGGCCCAGCAGCAGCAGCAGCAGCAGCAGCAGCAGCAGCGGUGGCUGGCGCUGCAUCGCCUGGGGUACCGGCAGCGGCUGCAGCUGCACGAGCAGCAGGAAGAGCAGCUGCGGCUGCUGCAGCACCGCCAGGCGCAGCAGCAGCUGGAGCUGCAGUCUGGGGUGUUUGCGCCCGGCGCAGCAGCAGCAGCAGCAGCAGCAGACUUAGAGCUGUUCCCGCCCCACAACUCCGCAGCAGCAGCAAUGCAGAUGGGGCACCUUUGGGGGCCCCCAGGGGCCUCUUCUUUCCCCUUCCGGCGGCGGCCGCUGCCCCCCAGGCGAGACGCGCCUUACCAGCUGCCGCUGCUGCAGCGCAGCAGCAAAGCAGCUCUUCCUGCUGCAGCUGUUUACGGCCGCGCUGCGCUGCCGCUGUGGGCCUCGAGGGGCCCCCCCCCGCUGCUGCACGGCAGCAGAGGCCUCAGGGGGGGCCCCCUGGGGCCUGGGGGCCCCCCUGGCUCUCUGGGGCUGGGGGGCCCCCUCGAAUGUAUGGCUGUAGAUGCCCGAGAUGAGGCCGCCGAGAGAGGGGGCCCCGGGCUGCUGCCCAUGCAGCAAGAUCCUUGGCCGGCCUUUUCUGUCUUUUGA